AUGUCAUGCUCGUCCCGCGCGCUGUCAUGCUCGUCCCGCGCGCCAUCGACGUGUCCGACGAGCCCGACGACACCAGUGUGUCCCGUUCGUCCCGCGCGCAUCCGUCGCGCCCGACGAGCCCGACCACAUACGCGGUGGCUUAUUCCAACAUGCUUUCACCUCAGCGACCUCGCCCAGGUGACACUAAAGAAUUUUUUCCAUGGGCAAAAUGAUCUAUACUUGUUACAAGUUGACGCUGCCAAGAUUGCAGAUGGCUUAAUUUAUGAGGCAGCUGAUGGCUGUAACUACUUUCCUCAUUUCUAUGGUCCUGAUCGGAGCUUUGCACCCCUUCAACUAAGUGAUGUUGUCAAGGCAGACAAAAUAGUUCUGGCAAACAAUGAUUUUACGUCCAGUCUACUUGAUGGAGCGGCCAUCUAAUUCUGAUGUGUAACUGUAAGGUCUCACUCUUGGCCCUUGUUUACAUAAUUUUCCUGUAAGUUCCCUGCCAAAUUUAU